AUGGUUUUAUCAACUAAUAAUACUUCUAAUAGUACUAUCACCAAAAAAAAAAAACAACAGAACAAAAACAUUACUAAUCUCCAUGAUGAUAAAAGAGAUAUCUUUGGCAGGACUUUGUCCUAUAUAUUAUGUUAUCAGGGGUCAAUAGCCCAAAUAUUGAAAGAUGUAAAUCCAUAUUCCUAUGAUAUAGAGAGUGGAUAUACACCACUCCAUAUUUUACUCUCUACUGGCCAAUUUCAAAAAGCUUUUAAAUUAUAUCAAAAAUGGAAAAUGGAUAUGGAGUAUCCCUCACAUAACUUUGGCGGUCAUAUUUUUGAGUUGUAUGAUAGAGAUGGUUUAAGCCCAUUAGAUUUAUAUAAUCUAACAUUGUACAAUAAUAUCUUCUCACAAGCUAAUAAGAAGAAUACUUCUUCUGCUGACAAAUGGCCCUUAUUUCUGGCAUAUUCUGAUUCAAAAUUUGAUCUCCAAGAAUUAAUUCAUCAUGAUUAUCCAUUUAAUACGUCAACAAACAAACUCUCUAACACAUAUUUCUAUGAAAGCAAUCACCAACCCCCUGCACAGUCCUACGGUACCCAUAUCUUAACCUUAGGUUCGAAUGUACAUUAUAACUUAGGUACAGGUAAUAAAGAUGAUAGACAAAAUUUCUUCCAAUUAAAUAUUAAUCAAUUGACAAAUAAUACUUUUCCAUUAAAUGAUACUACUUUCAAUGACAUCCAUAUGAAUAAAUAUAACUCUCUAGUGACAACAAGUGAUAAUCAAAUCUAUGUCACUGGGAAUGCAUCUAGAGGCAGAUUGGGUACUGGUUCAAAUAAUACUCAUUUGUUUCAAUUCACCCAAUUGUCAAAUCUUCCAUCUGAUAUAUCUAUAAAUUCAAUCUCUACUAGUGAUCAUCAUACUCUUUUACUAUCCUCAUCCUCAUCCUUAUCUCCAUCCAGCAAGGAAUUCUCUUCUUCCUCAGUUUAUUCAUGGGGUUGGAAUUCGUACUAUCAAUUAGGUUAUCAAACAAAUAACUCUAGUAAAUCAAGAUUUGAUGAAAAUUCAUUUGGUUCAAUACCAAAAAGGAUUAAUUUUUUAGAAAAUAAAAACAUUAAACUGAUUUCUUGUUCAAAUAUUCAUUCAUGUGCCGUAUCUUACAAUGGGGAAGUUUAUCUAUGGGGACUAAAUGUUGGUCAAAUGGGGAAGAUAAGCCAUAAUGUUAUUCAUAAUGGAGAUGAAUUUGAUUAUGAAGGUCAUAAAGGUUAUAUUGUCACUAAACCAAUAAUUAUCAAUUUAAAACAUUUAACAAUUGAACAAAUUCUUUGUACAGAGUAUGCCACAUUUAUACGAUCAGAAAAUAAUGUACUUACAGUGCUUGUUAACAAUACAAUCAAAACUUUUAAAAUCCCUUUAGCAAAAAACAAAAAUUUUAAAGAAAUUGAUCCUUUCACUCAUUUCACCAAAAGAGAAAUUCCAAAUAAAGUUGUCGAUAUGAAAUGUUCAAAUAAAUAUGGUAAUAAUCUUUGUUUCAAGUACGAAUGUGGUAGAAUUGGAAUAAUCACUUUCAAAAAUGAAUCACCCCAAAGUUGGAACUUACUUAAUAAUAACAUUUUACCAAUCAAUUUGGUUUGGACACCCAAUUUUAAUUUUAAUUCAUGUUUAGAUUUUGAUGUCAGUUACAAAGGUGACAUUAUCUUAGUUACUUUAUUAGGGGAAAUUUUAAGGACAAAAAAUUUGAAUAAUAAUUUUAUGUUCGAAAAAUUGCAUAGUAAUAAAAUAAAUUCGGGUAGAGUUGUCAAAGUUUCAUGUAAUUCUACCUUUGGAUCAUUUUUAUUUAUUAAGCAAGAUAAAAGUAAUAUACCAAUACUAUAUCGAGAAGAUGAAUUUGUUAACUAUUUUGCUAAAUAUUCUCCAUACGUAGAAGUUGACCAAAAUGAUAAAUAUAUGACUACAGAAUUCAAAAAAGAAAAUUAUUGUUCAUCACUUAUUCCAAAAUAUUGUCAAUAUGAUAGAAAAUCUCAAACAUAUGUGAAUAAUAAAGAAUUUACACCUGACCCUAAGUUUGAUAUAUGUUUUCUCGAAAAAGAAUCAAAUAAAGUUCUCUGUUAUGCACAUGAAUUAAUAUUAAAAAUUCGUUGUCCUCACUUAAUGCAUUCUAUCGAAAAUGGAGUAACCAUAACAUCCAAAAAUAAUUCAAUUAGUCUAGCGUCAGCUACCACUAUCAUGAAUAAUUGUAAGACAAUAAUAGUGGGUGGCUCUUAUCCAUCAGCUAUUAAGGAUGUUAUUCAUUAUCUUUACACAGAUGAAAAACCGGAUAAUCAAAGAUCAAAUAUGAUUCUUUUGGAACUUGUUAACAAUGCUUUGCAUUUUGAACGACUUACUGAUUAUUUACAAAAAAUUUUUACAUCUGUUCUUCAUCAAGACAUGACACCUGAAAAUUCAUUAGUGGACACAAUUAUUGAAUUGAAAGAUGGAACAAUAUAUACACACGCUUUAAUUUUAUCAUCUAGAAGUAUCUAUUUUAAAUUAGCAACAAGUAUUAAUUGGUGUAAAAAGAAUUCAAAUGGCAUGUUUAAAAUAACAUUAACUCACAUUUCAAAAGAACAUUUCUACCUAAUUUCAUCAUAUCUUUACGGUACAUCCUAUGCUGAAACCCUUGAAACUAUUUUGCAUGGUAAGAAAUUUUCUGAUUGCCUUUCAUUUCUAUUAACUACACUAGAAUACUGUAAUGAAUUACUUCUUUUACCUCUAAGGAGCUAUUUAGAAUUCCUGUUGAAUAAAUAUAUUAAUCAGGAUACUGUGUUUACGAUUUUAAUUAAUGCAUAUAAUUCUAAAGCUCAUUUAUUAGUAUUAUCAUGUUGUUGGUACAUAUUAACGUCCAUCAACAAUUUAUUUUUUGAUGAAUCGAUUUCAAUCAUAGACAAAUAUUUUGACGCUGGGCUUUGGGAGAUUUUAGAAGGACAAUUUAGGUACAUUCUUAAUAACAAUAGACAUUCAGAAACUAAAAAAAAGCCUUGGUAUGAUAAUAUUGACUUUGACUCGAUAGGUUUAUUUAAAAAAGAUUUGGAAAAAUUUAAUGAAUAUUUUAUAUCACAUAAUAAUGAAUUUUUACCAGUAUUUGACAUUAAACCACCACCACAUAUAGACAACAAAGUAGCAAGUACUGCUAACAGCAGGAGAAGAAGUUCAGUUUUGGAUCGUCCCAAACAGCAAUCAAUUGUUUCCCCACCUGAUUCACAAACUUAUAACAAACAAAGAAAACCAUCAAGUAAAACAAAAGUUCCUGAAGAAGUUCGUAACAUUUGGAAAAUAGGAAAAAUAUCUGAUAGUAUAAUUGAGGAUGACACAAGUGAAGAAUUUAUCACAGUGAAAAGAAAAAGCAGAAGAAAAACAUCUGAAACGAGACCAAAACCACAUAUACAAACCCCUAGUGAGCCACAAAUCAAAGAAGGUGAAGUUCUUUUACAUGCUCAAGAAGGGGAGGCUCUAGUUUUGCCAUCACUUUUGACAACAAAUACCACUUCUGAAGAUAUAAAAAUUUCACGUCCAAAUAUAUCACCUGCUGAGGAUCCUUUAAAUUCUCGAAGUUUUGGUAUUUUCAAAAAAAGUAACCAAAAGCAACGUAGACAUGAGUUAACACAAGAUAAACAAGUAAAAAAAGAUAUUGAAAACAAACCUGUCUGGAAAACUUUGAAUAAGAAACCUCAGAAAAAUUCUGAAAACUUUGAGAAAACAAAAUCAACUAGAAGUACUCUUGAUACAUUACCAUCACUUCUUACCACCUCUUUAACGGAGAUCAAAGAAAAUAUCAAGAAGAACAAAAAAAAGAGUGCUCAAAAUGUUAAGACCGAAUCUCAUAAUUAUACAGAAUUCGUUAGUUCAGGUAAUCCAGGUGGAAUUCUUCCAUAUAUUACUCCUAAUAAAAUUGAAGUCAAUGAAAUUACUGCAGCAUUUUCAAAUCCAAAUUCCAAUAUUGUGACAAGUGCAGAGGAAAAGUUGGCAGCUAUAGAAUUUGAAAAGUGGUUUGCUAAAGAAAGUGCUAAAGUACAGAAAAAUUUAAAGAAAAAUAAGAACAACAUUGAGGCUAUUUAUGGUAACUACGAUACCAUCCCUGAUUUCUUUUCGACAAAAGACAGUAAUAAAACAAAGAAAAAAAUGAAAGGGAGAUUUAUUGGUAAGAGUAAAAAGAAUGGUUUACAAGACCUUAAUGAUCUUAAUAGACUUCUAUAA